UAUCAAGUUCCUUCUGUUUUACUAUUAGUGCACACCCUCAAUUAUUCCGCAGGAGCUAUUGCUUCCAGAGGGCCAUGGAGUUCUCCCUUGAGCAUACACCAACUUGGGCUGCUGCCACACUCUUCUUCUUCACCAUCUUUAUCUCAUACAUCCUAAAAUGUUCCAUCGAUGCCACCGGCACCUGGCUCAAGAGACGUCACAAGAUCUCAUUGUAUGAUGCAAUUGAUAAGCUUAAAGAGGAGCUGAUGAUUCUGGGAUUGCUCUCUCUGAUUCUGGCUGUAGUCCAGAGACCUAUUUCAUAUAUUUGCAUACCAACCACAGCAGCGGACUUUAUGCUCCCUUGCAGCAAAGUUCAUGACAACAAAACCAAUUCUUCCUCUUCCGGUCAUUGUGCUUCUCAAGGGAUGGUUUCUCUGGUAAGCCAACAAGGGAUCCAUCAGCUCCAUAUAUUCAUCUUUGUGUUGGCUGUCGUGCACGUCCUCUGUGGUGUAGUCACCAUGGUUCUUGGAAGAGCUAAAAUGAGGCGUUGGAAAGCUUGGGAGAAGGAGACAGCGACAACUGCGUACCAGGUUGCCAAUGACCCAAUGAGGUUUCGAUUCACAAGGGAGACUUCAUUCGGAAGAAGACAUAUAAAUCUGUGGACGACAACUUCUGUUUAUACGUGGGCUAGAUGCUUCUUUAGGCAAUUCUAUGAUUCAGUAGAUAAAGUUGAUUAUCUCACAUUGCGCAAUGGUUUCAUAUCGGCUCACUUCUCCAGGCACAAAACGUUUAAUUUCCAGAAGUACAUCAAAAGAUCAUUGGAUGAUGACUUCAAAACUGUGAUCAGAAUCAGCCCUUUCAUGUGGUUCCUGAUGGUCAUUUUCAUGCUUAUUGAUAUCCACGGAUGGUAUUCAUACUUUUGGCUAUCCUUCCUGCCUUUAGUUAUUGUAUUAUCUGUGGGAACAAAGCUCCAUAUGAUCAUUAUGGAAAUGGCUCUUCAACUAGACAAGCAAAGGACUGUAAUAGGAGCGCCUCCAGUGCAACCAAAUGAUGAUCUUUUCUGGUUUGGCAAACCUAGAUUGGUCCUAUUGCUUCUCCAUUUAACUUUUUUUCAGAAUGCCUUUGAGUUCACAUUCUUCAUUUGGAUCUGGUAUGAAUUUGGUUUGAAAUCUUGUUACCACGAAAACUUGGGGAUUACCAUAGCAAGGGUAACAAUAGCGGUGGUUGUUCAAUUCCUUUCUAGUUACAUGGUUCUUCCCAUGUAUGCACUUGUAUCUCAGAUGGGCUCAGACUUCAAGAGAUCCUUGCUUGAAGAUAGAACAAGAAAAGUCUUGAGAAGAUGGCAUGAAGACGUGAGAAGAAAGCGAAGGAAGCAACAUCCAUGCAAGAAUACGGCAUCAUUUCAUACGCAGGACAGCAGGAUUUCAAUGCAGACCACUGCUUAAGAUAUGUUAUUUUUAUAAGUGUGUAAAUGCAAGUAUUUCCAGGAGACAAGAAUACGGCAUCAUUUCAUAUGCAGGACAGCAGGAUAUCAAUGCGGACUACUGGCUACUGCUCGAGAUAUGUUAUUUUUAUAAGUGUGGAAAUACAAGUAUUUCAAGAAGAAGUUAAUAAGCUGAAAAUUUUAAAUUGAAAAAAAAAAAGAAAAAAAGAUUUUUGCAUCUAAA